UGAGGUUUUGCGCCCGUUUGGUGCUUAUAAAACGUCUCAUCUAUUCAUUUUGUUUUACUUUUACACUAAACUCAGCCGCCGACUAUCCAUUAAAGAUAAACUUGAAAAUGUCUACACCAAUGAGAAUCCUGUCUUAUGAAAUUAUUUUGGUAUUUACUAUUUUAACUGGGUUAUUACCAGUAUUGACCAAUGGCAAUGUCAUAGAACAGAGAUCAUUACAAAGAGAAUUUGGAGAUAACUCUCCCGAAAUUAUAUCAAUGAAUGACAAAGACGAAUUCCGUGAAUAUAAUGGACCUGUUAUUAAUGAUUAUGGCAUGCAAGCAUUACAAACAAAGAGCGAUAACCAAUACCUAGAGAACGCGCUGAUCAACUUUUUAAUUUAUAAACAAAUGAUGAACAACAAAAUGCAAGCCCGGACGGAUUUGAUUCGUGCACAAAAGAAGAGGAGUUACUGGAAGCAAUGCGCUUUCAACGCAGUGUCUUGCUUCGGUUAGUCGCACGACGGCCAUAAACAAAUAUUGUCUACAAGCCAAGAAAUAACAUUUACGAUGUAACCGUUUAGCCCUUUAUCUAACUAUACAAUGCUUAUACUAUAUUACAUUAUCUACUAAAAUAACCUCCAGAUGUGUUUUAUUUCGAUUGCACAUAAUACUAUGAUAACAGUUACAUAUUAUACAAUAAUUAUAUUAUAUUAUUUACUAUUUAGUGAUGAGCGCGUCAAAACGUAUAAUGUUCGCGCGUAUUGCAAAAACCAACAAUUUAUUAAUUUAUUCAAGUAUAUUUUACCAAUAAUAUAUUAAAUUAUGUAUACAUAAUAAUAAUUGUAAUGAUAAUAAUAAUAUAAAAAUAUUACCCUUACGUUUAUAUUCCCUAUACACACCGCAGCAAACAUAAAAUCAUUAUAAUG